AUGGCAGCUCCGCACGACUACGAGUUCAUCUGGACUCUGCAAUCAUCACACCGCUUGACCCCACGCGUUAGCCUCCACACCUUUGCAAGGUCCGGCCAGCUGGGACGCAACACCAACAUUCGCCCUUCGGGAAAGGUCUCCCUGCAGUUCCCCCCGGAUCUCGACCCCAUUGCAGGCUCCCAUAGUCUCGGUGAAGAGGACCGUCGCUUGGACUUUACUCCGUGCCGCUUUGAGCACGACGCAUCUGGAAACUUGUGCUCUUUUGCUUUUCUGGCGAGCAAUGGCAGGGUCGCCGGGUUGAUAGGUCUUCCCCGGCCGCAAGGACAGCUUACCGCGCGCCUUGUUGAUGUCGGCAAUGGGUUUCCUGAUGACGUUCUGGCGUUGAACGAUGUAAAGGUGUACGUUGCUGGUGGUACCGGUAUUGCUUGCUUCUUAUCUCUCGUGUCUGGACGCAGCCGGCAAGAUACAAGUCAAGGGAUGAAGUCCACGCUCAUCUGCAGUAUCCGCGGCGACGACUUCCAAAUUAUCGACUUCUUCCUUGAGAAGCAGAUUCUGAACCCCCACGAUUGGUCUUGCGUCCGACUGUUCAUAACGUCUGGAGACGAUGUUGAUGGGUUGACUGCUGGGAAACCUGCACAUUGGUGGCAAGCGCAUUUCGGGAGCCUGCGACAACAGUUCCCAGGACCACUUGAGUUUUGCCUGGGAAGAAUGUCACAGAAAGACUUAGACCCGUUUCUGACCGAGGCGUUUACGAAUGUCUUGUUCUGUGGAAGCAAGUCCCUGGAGUGGCAGAUUAAAAUGUGGUCGCUUGGCAGAGCCGCAGUGCAUUGCACUGAAAGAUGA